CGUAAAGAUAAAAACCAAAGCAUGGGACAAGAAUAGUAUUCUCACUGCUCCAACAAGGCAAAGGCACAAAGCAAACAAGUAAACAACAGGUGGGAGUGAAGAAGAGUGAAAACUGAAAAGGGAAGGAAAAAUUGGCAAUCGGUGUAAGGAAGGGUCCUGUUGAGUGUUGUGUGCCAGCUGCCAGGCUGUGGUUUUAACGGCAAUGGUGAAGGUAUUAAGGGCGCGUAGGUCUUGGUCUUGGUCUUGGCUCUCACAAUAAAAUAAAAGAAAAUGUUAUUUUGUUAGAUCUUUGUAUUAUGAGCCAUUCGUGUGGGGGUCACUUACACCUUUCCGCUUUCUCUUUCAUAUCUUCUCUCUUCUCUCCCAUUACCCUCUUCCCACUCACGCAAUACCUCUCCUUUUCAUCCCCCUCCAGGCUCCAGGCUCCAACUAUAUAUAGAUCAGAGAGUGAGAGUGAGAGAGAGACUACUACUAUAAGUCUAUAACAUUAUUACGUUAGAGUCACCCACACAUAAUCCAAUAUAUACAACAACACACUGCACUGUCUGUUUCUCAGCAUUCAAAAGAUCGUGAGCGUAAUGGCUGAGCCUCCAAGCUCAGAGUUUGAGAUAAUAAGCACUGCCACUACUGCUACUACCACCCGUAAGCACUCCUCUUCGGAGGCCCAGUUAGCCGGCCCGGAUCACAAAAAGCCCAAGCAGGCCCCAGACAGCAGCAGCAAGCACCCCGUGUACAGAGGGGUCCGAAUGCGGGCCUGGGGAAAGUGGGUAUCCGAAAUCCGCGAGCCCAGGAAGAAGAACCGGAUCUGGCUGGGCACCUUCGCCACCGCCGAGAUGGCCGCGCGUGCGCACGACGUGGCGGCGCUCGCCAUCAAAGGCACCUCCGCCAUUCUGAACUUCCCCCAGCUGGCCGCCUCCCUGCCCCGCCCGGAAUCCAACUCGCCGCGGGACGUUCAGGCCGCCGCAGCGAAAGCCGCCGCCAUGGAGGGCGUGGAUGGGCCGAGGACGCCGUCGCUGUCGCAGUCGUCUUCGUCGUCGUCGUCGUCGUUGGCGGCGGUUUCGGAGGAGGCGUCGACGGCGGAUGAGCUGGGGGAGAUCGUGGAGCUGCCGAGCCUGGGAACGUGUUUCGAAAUACCGGACCCAGGUAAGGAGGUGGUGUUUUUGGAGCCGGUGGAUGGGUGGCCCUAUUCUCAACCGUGGUGUGACGGCAUUUAUGAUGACAGGGAUUGUGGGGAUCCGAUUUCCAUGCACGACUCUGAGAGCUUCAUUCUUUGUGGCUUUGAGGCUGACUUCACUUCCUUGUGGCACCAUUAAUUUAUUUUUUCUGCAUUGCUUUCUUUUUCUCCUAUUCAUUUUAUUUUUAUUUUUAUUUUUACUUUUACUUUCAAUGUGUGAGCCCUUUUCCAAUUUUUCACUUUAAGGGUUUAAUACAUUUCUUCUCUCAUCUCUCUCAAGGACCUACUACUACUUUUCUUUUCUCAAGAGUGUCUCCCAUCUCUUCUUUCAGGUAAUGCAAAUUUCAUUAAUCACAUAUACGUGUAGAAAUCCUCCCUCAUCUCAUCUUGUAUCAUAUUCAUAUAAUUAAUAAACCAUUCUCUAUUUACACUUUCUUUUUUUA